AUGUCCGAACGCCAAUCUUCCUCGUUAUCUUGGGAGAAGGAUUAUGACUCAAAAAGUACAACAAAUGUACAGGAACAUGUCUCUUUAUUGUCCACUCAUGAUGAUGGUGUUGUUGUUGUUGUUGGAGGAAGAGUAAAUGCAAAGAAUCAUCAUCAUCACGUGAACAAUUAUCAUUCAUUUUCCGAUCAAGCGCAUGCCACUCAUCUCUCACCAACUCAACGGAUGGUUCAAAUGGAGAAAGGCUUUUCUGAUAUGUCUACUUCUGAUGAACACAAGAUUCAAGAAGAAGAGGUUCUUCUUCGACCGUUGAAUGAAGCUUUAUCGGAAGAGUUAUUCAUUCAACAUGAUGAUGAUUAUGAAGAAGAAGAAGCCAUGAAUCGUCCUGGAUAUAUCGUCGGUGAUGAUCAUCAUCCAUUCCAUGAAUUCAGUGAAUUCAAUGAUUUCAGUGCUGUACGUUCUUCAACAACAGGUGAACAACAAAUUCCAUAUCCAUCUCCUUCUUCAUCACCAAUGGAAAUUACUCCUUUCGGGAACAAUGCAUUGCAUUUCAAAAAGAGUAAGAAACGACAAACGUCAAAGAAUGAACAAAAAGCCAAGUUGGAUUUUCAAUUUUUGAAACGAUUUUUCGUGAUCAUUGGAUACUGUUUGAGAGUGAUUGAAAGAAAUAGUGAUUAUCAUGUUUUGGACGAAAAUGGAAAAAGAAUUGUGCAUCAACGAUGGUGGUGUUUUAAAAGAAAGACAUCACCAUUAAAUAGUGAAAUGGAGAAGGGAAAGUUUGUUACAUUUUGGAAUAAUUUCUCAAUUUUCAAUUGGAUGUUAGUCAUGCUGUUUUUGCUUGUCUGUGUUGGAGAGAUUUUGUUAGGAAAUGAAAUUGGAAAAAUUCCUGGAGCUUUUUAUAAGGUCAUUAUUGAUGCUUCGAGUACUAAAUUUUCAGAUUCUGGACCCUUUGUGAAAGUCAUGCUCAUUAGUUUGUUAUGGAUUUGUGGAAUGACCAUUGUGAAAACAUUUAGACAAUUUGUGUUGGAUUGUGUGCGGUUGUUUUGGAGAAGAAAUUUAACAUUUCAUUUACAGAGGAGAUAUUUCGAAUUUAGAAAUUACUACAACAUGAUUGUGUUGGAUAAACGUGUCGAUAAUCCCGAUCAAAGAAUUACCAAAGACGCUGAGAAUUUUGUUGACAUGACUUGCAAAUUUGUGGAGAGUCUUUUUACUGGACCUAUUACGGUGUUUUACUACACUGUGACAGUUUUUUUGAACAUUGGAUGGCAAGGACCGCUCUGUUGUUAUGCCUUUUUCAUUAUUGGAUCUAUUAUUAACAAACUCAUCAUUUCUCCAAUUGCAAAUUUGUGGUUCAUUCAAGAAAAAUAUGAAGGAAAUUUUAGAUAUGCUCACACUCAGAUACGCUCGAAUGCCGAAUCGAUCGCGUUUUAUAGUGGUGACGCUAAUGAAAGAACCAUUCUCAACCAAAAACUGAAAGGUACCAUUAAUAAUCGAAGAAAAAUUGUCAUGUGGAAUAUUAUGUUGAAUGGGCAUAUGAAUUUGUUCGGCUACACUGGAAGCAUUCUUGCAUACAUGAUUAUUGCUCUCUCAGCAUUUGUGAUUGGAAACUUUAUCGACAAUAAUGAAUCAGCAGGAAAUAUUGCUGAUAAAAUCUCGGUGUCCUCCUUUCAAGUCAUGAUGCUUAUCUCUGGUUUUACGACAUUCAUUCAAACCGGUUCAGAUUUAUCAGAGCUUGCGGGCUUCACUGCAAGAUUGGGCGAAAUGAAAGAGGUGAUGGAUGAGAUUGAAAAAAAUCCAGACUAUCACAGAAGCAAUGAUAAGGAUGCAGGUAAAAAUCUCUUACUCAAUCAAUCAACCUUUGAGGAAUGUGACAGCACUGGGGACAUAUCUCAUAUAGAGUUCAAGAAUGUGAGUGUCUUUGUUCCUAAAACUUUGGAAAAGUACUACACAGGAACGUGCUUGGUUGAAAAUCUAUGCUUUAGAAUCGAGCAACAUCAACACACCAUCAUUACUGGUCCCAGUGGAAGUGGAAAAAGUUCAAUAUUACGAAUUUUGGCAAACUUAUGGCCUCAUAAAAGAGGUCAAGUUAUCAAGCCAACCAGCUCAUCUGAUCUCUUUUAUGUUCCCCAAAAUCCAUAUAUCUGUACUGGCACUUUGAGAGAUCAAAUAACAUACCCGUUGAAAACGGAAAGAGGAAAUACACAAGAUAAUCCUACACUCUAUGAUGCCAUUUGCAAAACUAAACUGCAAUAUAUUUUGGAACGUGUUGAACGCGAUUGGGAUGUCGAAUGUGAUUGGAAUGCAUUACUAAGUCCUGGUGAAAAGCAACGAUUAGCACUCUCACGAUUAUUCUAUCACAAACCCAAAUUUAUAAUUAUGGAUGAAUCUACGAGUGCAUGCGAUGUAAAUGUUGAGGAAUUCAUCUAUGAUACUCUCAUAAAGCAAGGGUCUACUCUAAUCUCUGUAGGUCAUCGCCCAACACUCAUCCAAUUCCACACUCACAUGUUAGAAAUUGAUGGUACUGGAGGUUGGAGGUUCUCAGAGAUUAAAAGAAAACUAUCAGAUAAACAACAUCACUAA